UCUUCAACUGGAGAUACUACACAAAAGAAAAAUCACCCACAUCCUUUUAUCCAAUCCUACCAUUAUGGCCACCAUAUUCUCUCCCUCCGCCGUCUUCUCAAACUCCACCACCGCCGCAACUACCCCAAGACAGCCUCAAUCUCCGCCGACACCGAAAAGCCAACUUUCAAUCCCUCUUGCCAAACAACCAUUAACAACCUUAGUAGCAACCGCCGCGGCAGUCACAAUUCUCUCAACUGCCACAUCAUCACUAGCUGACUCCCCAUCAACACCAAACUAUCAACUUUACUAUGGUACUGCCGCAAGCGCCGCCAACUACGGCGGCUACGGCGGCAACUCCAGCAAACAAGCCUCCGCCGAGUAUGUCUAUGACGUGCCCGAAGGGUGGAAAGAGCGCUUAGUAUCCAAGGUUGAAAAAGGUACAAAUGGGACUGAUAGUGAGUUCUAUAACCCGAAAAAGAGGACAGAAAAGGAGUACUUAACAUUCCUUGCCGGGUUCAGGCAGCUAGCGCCGAGGGACGUGAUCUUGAACAACUUGGCGUUGUCGGACGUGGACUUGCAAGACUUGAUCGCAAGCGCGAACAGCGUGACGUCGGAGGAGAAGAUGGACGAGAAAGGGCAGGAGUACUAUGUGUAUGAGAUUGAUGGUGUGGCGGCUCACAGCUUGAUCACUGUGACAUGUGCAAAGAACAAGCUUUAUGCUCAUUUUGUGAAUGCUCCCACGCCUGAGUGGAACCGGGACAAGGACAUGUUGCAGCAUGUUCAUGAGUCUUUUAGAACUGUUGGCUCCUACUAAUUAUCAAUAAUAAUAAUCAUAAUAAUUAACUAGUCUCUUUCUUCACGAAGAGAUUUUUGAGGCCUCAUUCUGCCCAA